AUGUCUUCCGAAGAGGGUGGAGAUAAACCUAUGGGAAAAGGGGAAACUAUCUUCCUUGCUCCUCCUAAGAACAAUUUGAAGAAUGAUUUUGACCUGAAGAAAGUCUUUGAAAAUAGGCUUGAAAAGUUGCAGUUCCCAUUCACUAAUCAGACCGACCGGUUCUGGAAGAUUUCAAAAGGUCGCGGAUUGGCUCAUCUACGGAGUAAAGAUCCCUCCCAACCACUAAUGUUCUUACUGGCUGCGUCUCCAGCGGCACAUGAAUGCGUGGAUUACCUGGCCAUUGAACCAGCAGAAAUGCUACAUCUAAGACAUAAAAGAACUCUGGCCAUAACUGAUGGUGAAAAAGAAAAAGAAAAUCCUCCAGAAGAGACCAAAAUGACGAUGGACAAUUUCCUGAAGAAAAAAAUUGAGGCUCUUCACAGGGUGAUGUUCAUCCAUCGCCUUCAGUUUCUCCCCCACUCUUAUUGUGAUGAUCAAAAUGCACCAGAUAAACACUUGACCGUUGUUUUUACUGUACAUAUGCCAGUAGAGCCCAGCCCAUCUCUAUCUCCUAAAGAAGCAGAGGGAAGUGUGGAGAAAUAUCUUUCAGGUGAUGUUUGGGCAAAGGAUGAUAAGGAUGCAGUUGCUACUCUCCUGUCUCGCAUUGCUGACACCGUGUUGCUCAUGAAUGGUGAAACUAGUGGUUCAGCAGGGGACUUUUGUUCUUAA